AUGCGUAGCUACGCAAAAUUCCUAAAGGACAUCCUAUCAAAUAAGCGCAAGCUCGAAAAACAUGAGACAGACAUGCUAACUGAGGAAUGCAGCGCUAGAAUUCAGAAGAAGCUCCCAUUGAAAUUGAAAGAUCCAGUGAGUUUCACUAUUCCUUGCACUAUUGGUAAAGUUUAUUUUGAUAAAGUUUUAUGUGAUCUUAGUGUAAGUAUUAAUCUAGUGCCUCUAUUUUUUUUUAGGAAACUCAGAUUGGGAGAGACAAAAGCUACAAUAGUGACGCUGCAAUUGGUUGACACAUCAUUGACACAUCUAAGAGGAAUAAUAGAGGACGUGCUCAUCAAAGUAGAAAAAUUAAUAUUUCCUGUGGAUUUCCUCAUUCUGGAUAUGGAAGAAGACAAAUUCUUAGCAACAAGGAGAGCUUUGAUUGAUGUUCAAAAUGGACAGUUGAUUUUGAGACUCAGAGAAGAGCAGAUUUCAUUCAAUAUCUUCAAGGCAAUGAAACUACCUACGGAGCCAGAUGACUGCUUCCAGAUCGAUGUGAUUGACAAGGCGGUUCAAGACUCAUUUUUGCUACAUAAUCCAUCAGAUGCUUAUGAAGCCUACAUUGCACACUCUCAAUAA